GGCAUGAAUGCAUCGCUGCUGCUUCAAAGUUCAGUCAGCAAGUGGAAGCCUACUUGUGUCUGUCGAAUCUGCGCCCUAAUGAACACACGAUGAAACGUGUAAGCAACGACCAGAUCCAGUCUGCAGUUCUUCAACAUCUGAAAAGAAGGCAAUAUAUUGAUAUCAACAGCGAGAGUGUGAAUCGCAAGAACCUCAAACUGACAGAUUCAUUGCGAGAGAUGGCUUCUCAGUCAUCAAGGAGGAAAGAGAUGGGAGCAAUCAACUCUGUCUCGUGCAAUUCAUGUGAUCAAGAUGGUGAUGUCUUUGAGCAGCAAUUUGCCAGAUUUAGGCUCUUCAUCGAGAGUUCAGUAGAUGAGUAUAAGUUGGACCUCUUGCGCUUGCUGUACCCAACAUUUGCUCAUAUUUAUUUGCAAAUGAUCUCUGAUGGACAUAGAGUAAAUGCCCACAACCUGUAUACAAAACACAAAGGAUGUAUACAAUAUCAAGAUAGUCUAGAUACUAAGGAGUUGAUGGAGAGAUUAAGCAGUGUUCAGUAUAGUAUAGAUCCAUUGACGGAUCCUUACCUUGCUGCAUUUAGAGAUAAUAAAUGUGUGGUUGAGAUUGGAGAUGACGCCGUCCAGUACCUACUACGCUUCCUCCAGAGUCGAGAUAAUUCUGUUCUACUCAGUAUCAUCAACUUGCACAUUGAUAUCAAAGUGCGAUAUUCGGUACCCACAUCCUUGCAAGAAGGGGGUGAGGAGUAUCCACAGGCAUCUUCUUCAUCAUCAUCGCUGUCCUCCGCCUCAAAACAAACCUCAGAGACACCUAAGAAAGAAGAUAAUAAGAGAGAAGUGGAGAGAGAGGCUUUUCUUUCUGAGUUACGAGCGACCAUUGAUAAAGUCCAGAGAGGACCGCCAUCUGUUCCCUCCAUCAUCUUGUAUAGUGUCCUCAAUGCAUAUCAAGGGUUGAGUUGUGUGAGUUUCUCGGAUGAUUCUCAGAUGCUAGCUGGUGGCUUUGAGGAUUCUGCCGUCAGAUUGUGGAGUCUUACUCCGAAGAAACUCAAAACGCAAUCCCACGAUGCUGACGUCAGUCGCGUCCGCUUCGCCGGUGAUAGUCUCCAUAGCAACAUUAUAGAAGAUAGUCUUGGAUCAGACUGUAAGUUACUACGAGGUCACAGUGAUACUGUUUACAGUAGCUGCUUCAUACCAGAGACACCUCUUCUCUUAUCGGCAUCAGGAGAUGCCACAGUUAGAGCAUGGAGUAUGAGCACCUUCUCAAACAUAGCCAGGUAUAGAGGACACAAGUACCCUAUCUGGGACCUUGAUGUUAGCCCGCUUGGGGUCUAUUUCUGUACUGCCUCCAAGGACCAGACGGCCAGACUCUGGACUCCAGAGAGGACCUAUCCUGUUCGGGUACUCUCUGGUCAUCUCAUGGAUGUAGAUUGUGUCAAGUUCCAUCCUAACUGCAAGUAUGUAGCGACAGGUUCUAAUGACAAGACGAUUCGACUGUGGGACAUUACUCAAGGAAAAUCUGUUCGUUUAUUGACAGGACACAAGAGUUCUGUUUUGUGCAUAGCUUUUGCUCCAAAUGGGAAGUACCUUGCAUCAGCAGGUGAAGAUCGUAGGGUUCGUGUUUGGGACCUGGCGACCGGAGGUUUGAUGAAAGAACUCAGAGGGCACACAGACACUGUUUAUUCGUUAGCAUUCAACCCUGAUAGCUCAAUGCUUGCCUCGGGUGGUGCAGAUUGUACUAUAAGAUUGUGGGACAUACGACAGGGUGUUAAGCAUACAGUACCUGAGAGUGGAGGACAUUCUGGAGAACAAAUGACAUCGAUCUCUUCAAGACAGACUCACAUUCACAAGCUAUCCUUUUCUAAAUGCAACCUCUUACUCGCAGGCGGAGGUAUCGCCAUGGCAACAUGAAGAAUAGUACUGGUCGUUUUACAGAAACAACUCCCAUUGAUCAACUAUCAGAGUUUUAGCUUUAGAUUGAUGUCUGGUAAGGCGGUACGAUUCCGUCAUCCAUGGAUUAGUCUUCUGACUUUGAAACAGAGGGUCGUGGGUUCGAAUCCCAGCCAUGGCGUAAUUUCCUUCAGCAAGAA